AUGACGGCGGAAACAGCUCCGACGACAGUGGCUCCCCCGAGCGGGGAUGCAGGGGGAAAGUAUUAUUACGACCCCGAGUAUGCUCGCAUGGAAGCAUGGCUGGACGAGCACCCGGACUUUGCCCAAGAUUACUUCUUGCGUAAAGCAACUCGACAGAUAGUCGACACGUGGCUUGUAUCGCAUGCGACGCCAACGCCUAGUUUAAAUUCAGCCGAUCCUGCCUCUCCAACGUUCCUUCACGCGCAACACUCCGUUCCCAGUGCCACGGGCAAUUCAUCGUCCAGGGGCAAUUCAGGGGCGACAACACCCGUCCGAAAGAUCUCUGCCCACGAAUUUGAAAAAGGCGGACUUUUGAAACCCAUCGUCAACACCAUAGACGGCACGCCGACGUUUUUAUCCGUGGGUUCACCCGUCGAAGGUCAAUCCGUCGGAGUUCAAUCAAACAUUGGAUUUUCGUCGCAUUUAUCCGGGAGACCCCAGAGAAGAUCUCGACAUGAGCUUAGAAAUUUAGACGAGAAAGAAUUAAUUUUCGAAUUGGUGAAAGAUAUAUGCAACGAAUUGGAUGUGCGGUCUCUUUGUCACAAAAUCCUACAAAACGUGAGCAUGUUGCUGCACGCGGAUCGUGGUUCGUUAUUCCUAUGCAACAAAUGCAUCACGAAUAACAAUUCGAGGUAUCUCGUAUCGAAAUUGUUCGACGUUUGUUCCAAAUCCACGCUUCAAGAAAUGGAAAAAAAAGAAGAGAUUAAAAUUCCAUGGGGGACCGGAAUCGUCGGAUUUGUCGCGGAAAGCGGAGAACCCGUCAACAUACCCGACGCAUACAAGGACGAUCGUUUUAAUCACGAUAUAGAUGCAAGGACGGGAUACAAAACGAGAACGCUUUUAUGCAUGCCUAUAAAAGAUAUCAACGGUGACGUACUCGGUGUAGCCCAGGUGAUCAACAAGUCAAACGAUUCGUCUUUCACGCAAGCAGACGAAAAAGUAUUUUCUAGUUACCUACAAUUUUGCGGAAUCGGUUUGAAAAACGCGCAGCUCUAUGAAAAAAGUCAAUUGGAAGUCAAAAGAAAUCAAGUCCUUUUGGAUCUUGCCCGCAUGAUAUUCGAAGAACAAAGCACGAUGGAACACAUGGUCUUCAGGAUAUUGACGCACACUCAAUCCCUGAUUCAGUGUCAGAGAGUUCAGGUAUUACUCGUACACGAAGCGUCCAAGGGUAGUUUUUCAAGAGUUUUCGAUUUCGAAGCAAGCGAUUUGGAAGUUGAAGAAAACGAUGCGAGAACAAGCCCUUUCGAAAGCAGGUUUCCAAUAAAUGUUGGGAUCACGGGUUACGUCGCGACGACGGGAGAGACCGUGAACAUAGCAGAUGCGUACGAAGAUGAAAGAUUUGAUCCGUCUGUUGACGAAGGUGGUUCGUUUCGUCACAAAAGCAUUUUAUGCAUGGCCAUAAAGAAUUCCUCAGGGCAAAUAAUCGGAGUGAUUCAGCUCAUAAAUAAAUUUGAUGAUCUCGUUUUUACCAAAAACGAUGAGAAUUUUGUCGAAGCUUUUGCCAUUUUCUGUGGAAUGGGAAUACACAAUACCCACAUGUACGAAAAGGCUGUGAUAGCAAUGGCAAAACAAAACGUGACCCUAGAGAUUCUUAGUUACCAUGCAUCGGCGUCUUUGGAGGACGCACAAAGACUGAAGAGCCUUAGAGUACCUUCGGCACACUUUUUCAAACUUCACGAUUUCAAUUUCGACGAUAUAGAAAUGAGUGAUGACGAAACUCUCAAGGCUUGCUUAAGAAUGUUCCUAGAUUUAGAUUUUAUCGAAAGGUUUCAUAUCGAUUAUGAGGUUCUUUGCAGAUGGCUUUUAAGCGUUAAAAAAAAUUACAGAAACGUCACGUAUCACAAUUGGAGGCACGCUUUUAACGUCGCGCAAAUGAUGUUUGCAAUAUUGACGGUGACUCAAUGGUGGAAAAUUUUCGGUGAAAUUGAAUGUUUAGCUUUAAUAAUAGCGUGCCUGUGUCACGAUUUGGAUCAUCGGGGAACAAACAAUUCGUUUCAAAUCAAAGCAUCUUCUCCUCUUGCCCAAUUAUAUUCGACAUCGACGAUGGAACAUCAUCACUUUGAUCAAUGCAUUAUGAUAUUGAACAGUCAAGGGAAUCAAAUAUUGAGCAACGUGUCGUCGGACGAAUACGCGAGAAUAAUUAAAAUAUUAGAAGACGCCAUAUUGUCAACGGAUCUUGCCGUUUAUUUCAGAAAACGAGGAGCUUUUCUCUCUCUCGUCAAAUCAUCUUCGUACAAUUGGGCAAGAGAUGAUCAUAGAGAAUUAUUGAGAGCCAUGAUAAUGACGGUUUGCGAUUUGGCAGCUAUAACGAAACCUUGGGAGGUUGAAAAAAGGGUGGCAGAAUUGGUGACGUGUGAAUUUUUCGAACAGGGUGACAUCGAAAGACAAGAAUUGAAUAUCACUCCGAUCGAUAUAAUGAACAGGGAAAAAGAAGAUCAGUUGCCGCUCAUGCAAGUCGGUUUCAUCGAUUCCAUUUGUUUGCCCAUAUACGAGUCGUUUGCCAUGUUGUCAGAUAAGUUGAAACCUUUGGUCGAUGGUGUGCUUCGUAAUAAAGAACACUGGCUCGAAAAAGCAAUGUCGAAUCAUUUGGAUUCAUCCGAAGAAGAUAUCGUCGAUACCGGAUACGUAUGA